UUUCCUGAAAAGCCCUUCAAGCUGUUACAUACCAUAGACAAACUUUGUACAAAGUAGAUCUGGCCAGGACCAGGCAAAAAGCCACGAACAAAAGAUGAAACACUUCCACUCUUACACGUUCUAGCCGCAUAUGGUAAGCCCAGAAGGGCAAGGCAGCCCUCACGCCGCACAAUAUUACGGUGAUUGCACACUAGCGCAUACCGACUGUAGUUUCAGCAUAAAUUCGCGCUCGUCCGCAUCACCAAGCGUGUCGAUUAUACAUCUCCAAAUCUUUCCCGGCCGCAUCUAUAGCUCAACGGCUUGAAAGCCCUCAUACCAUACUUAAGUCUACCAUGGAUGCACACGCCCCAGCGGAUCAUUUCGACAUCCCAUACACAGAAGGAAGGAUAUUGACCAUGAGAAUACAUCGCACUGGAAACAAGUCUAAUUUACCUGGCCUAUUUGUUCAGAACCGAGAGCUACGUGGCAAAAUCGUCAAAGUUCGAGAACAUUCCUCAUCAAGCACGAAAAGAACUUUCAUUCUCGAGCUUGAACUACAACAUGAAGAACCGAAUUCCCCUGCUGUAAGAGCAGUGCUCAAAGUUUACGACCGCCAGUUCACGCCCAAUUUUCGCGCUUAUCAUAAUGCCGGUCAAGCGACCUCUGAAACCGAAAAGCGAUACACCGAUUUUGUGCGGCAAGGCGCAAUGCCUCAAUUUUCAGAAGACUAUGAGCAAGGGGAUUUAAAUAAGUACGACGGAGCAGACAUGCCAAAGACGGAAGCAUUGUGCUACAUCGACACCGCCAAAAUGCACGACACUGAACUCAAGGUGUAUGACCGUCUUGCCGAUCUCCAAGGCAGCCAUGUCCCAACGCUUCUCGCGGAUGUCCGUCUGACACCUCAAUACGCAUCUGCCGAUCUCGAUGAUAGCUUGAAAGAGUAUCUCGAUAUCAAAGCUCUCCUAUUGGAAUGUAUCCCCGGCUUUCCACUCGUAGACCUGGCAACAGAAGCUCCAGAGUCGGAUUGGCCGAUGAUAUGCGAUCAAGCAAUGAAAACAGUCAGAUACAUCGCUGAACACGAUUUCAUCUGCGGAGAUCGCAUGUUGCAUGACAUUGUAGUUCGCCGCACCCAAGAAAGCGUAUACCAUACUUUCUUCGUAGACUUUGCACUUUGUCAAUUCCGUGAGGCGGGGGAUUCCGAGGAAUUCUGGCGGGGGCGCAAGAAGCAGGCUAAUGAAGAAGGAGCAGUGGGGUAUGGAUUGAAUAACGUGAUGUCUUAUGCGAAAGGCAAAGGGAAAGGAAAAUACAGGAAGAGGUAUAAGGGGAACGAUCCUUUGCCCUGGGGGUAUGUACCUUGAUC